GUGUCAGGCAUGUCAGUUGUUUGUCAAUCGACUUUCGUCUUUUCAGUGACAGUAAUUUUUUGUGUGCGAAUAAUUUCUUACAAUACUUUAACUUUAGCUCUGGUGUUAUAUAUUACAAAGCAAAUAUGCCGUCUUCAAACGUAAUACGUGUAGUGAUGGCAAACGUCUUAUUCUGACUACCUGAUUCUAAUAUCUACUUGACGUAAAACAGCAUUGCAUUAAUUUGAACUCGAAACUGUCACAUCGCUUACAAGCUACAAUGUUCGCGAGUUUGAAAAGUAAGAUAAAGGAAGAAACUGGUAGUGACAUAAGUAAAAUAACUAGUAGUUGGCGAAGCGGCGCCUUCCUGGGCAGGAUAACGCUCAGAGACGACUCUUCAACAGCAAGUCCUUCCAGUUCUGGUGGUCAUGGAGAUUCUACUUCAGAUUCAAUAUCUCCGCAAAUGGAGUCUUACCUAUCAGAGCGCACUGGAGGCAGGGUAGACCAGGCAGUAUUACAACAGCAGUACUCAGCACAGUUAGAAGCCAAGCUGCGGGACAGAGACGCCUACUGGGAACAAAAGAUUGAAGAAUUGAAACUUUCACUCGCCUCCGUGCAAGGUGAGGAGGCAGCAGCAGCACAAGCAGUAGCCAGGACAGCUCAGGCGGAGGCUGCAAAGGCCAUUACAGAGAGGGACACAGCUAAGAGACUUGUUACUGAACUGAAGACACAACUGGCAGCGGCUGAGCGGGCGCAGGACAGGCUUGAUGCUUUAAAUGAGGAGUUAGAACAGUGUCGUCGCGAAUGGGCCCGCGAGCGAGCGGAGCUGACCGCGGCGCUGAGCGGCGAGCAGGCGCGGGCCGCCGACCUCGCCGACAGGCUCGCGCUCGUCUGUGCUGCCCUGCCGCCCGACAACCCGCAUCAUCAUAUGCAUGAUGACGACAAACGCGACGUAACGCCGACGGAUUGCGCGGAGUACGACCGCGUGUGUCGCGAGCGAGCAGUGUUAACGCGACAGCUGCAGGAGGCCAAGAUGGCGCUCGCUGACGUCAAGACCUCUUGGAGCGGACAGAUCGCUUCACUGGAGACACAGGUGGCGCGACUGUCGCGGCAGGCGGGAGAGGAAGGUUCCGAGAGGAGACGAGUGGAGAUUGAGAAAAAAGAGAUGCAAGAGAAACUUCUCAACGCAGCCGCAGAACUGGAGAAAGCCAAACAAAACCUCGCUAAUAGUGAGGCUAAGGUGGUGCGUUUGAACGGGGAGGUGCAUUCACUCGCCAUGGAAGUGAAGUCGCUGCGAAACGCCGCCGCGGCCGACGCCGAUAAAACGAUGGAUUACGAGAGCCGUAUAGAAAGUCUGACGCUAGAGAACAAGGAGCUAUCAGAAGCACUGGAGAAUGAACGGACCUUGGUCAAGAUCCUCAGAGAGAAGGUGGAUAAGUCCAACCUGAUGUGUGACGAGAGCAAGGCCGAGGUCAAUCACCUUAACUCUAUGGUUACGGAGAUGCAACACGACUUCUUGGAUAUACAGAGGAAGUUUGACAAAGAAAAGCGAGAGAAAGACGAAGCCUUACUGCGCAACGCUCACAUGUCGCAGACGAUAGAGAUGAGCCAAUGCAACGUGCGCUACCAGGAGACCGAGAUUGUCGACCUCAAGGCUAAGAUCACGGAGCUGGAGGGACUCAUCGCUCAGCAUAAGGAGAAUCAAGCUGCGUGCAUGUUAAUCAAAGAGAACGAACAAGCCCGUAAGGUGGAAAUCGAACAAUUAAAGAAUAAAAUUGACGAAUUAAUAGAAAACGAGACUGCACUCAAAAAGACUAUACAAGACUUAGAAACUGAAAUCUGUGAUAAAAAUAAGAAAAUAAAAACGUUAGACAACAGAAUAUCGGACAUGAAGAAGACGUUACAACGUGAACUACAGAGCAGCAAGUCUGAUCUCACCUCUGCAGAGGAACAGGAUAUUAGUAGAAGGUACUUAAAACACGUAGUCCUCCGCUUCCUCACGGCCCGCGAGCUAGAAGCACGUCAGCUCACCCGCGCGCUGGCCGCGCUACUGCGCCUCUCCGCGCACGAGGAGGCGCUGCUCCGCGCCGCCCUGCCCCCGCGCACCGGCCUCGCCGCAUGGUUCCCCUCCCUCAACACCUGAUCACUCUAAACUGACUCUUAUGUGCAAGCGUGUAAAGUUGGAUUUAGCUUGGCAAUGGGCUAGUGUGAGAUUUAUGUAUGACUCGUGAUUGCGUUUCGUUCGUUCGACACAUUAGCAAUGGAAACUAUGUCUAAUGUCUAACAUCAGGAUUAUUCAGGAUAGACUGGGUCAUAAGAACAAGAUAUUAAGGUUGAACUUAACGUAGCGAUUGUCAAGUUGAUCAUUUGAAAAAUAUGCCUUACAUAAUGUCAAUGGCCAAGCAAAAACAUUGCCAACAUUCAGAAUGUUCCAAUAUAAACAACUCGUUCAUUUUAUUGAUAUAAACUUUUUUGAGAAAUAUGUAUAAAAGUCCCAGCUUAAACCGCAUUGCCAAGCCUAUUUAAGCAGCUAUUACCUAACUCGUAAGAAGGUGUUGACUUAGCAAGGGUUUUUACAUAGAUCAGUAGUACUUUGUAAAUGAUAGUCCCAGAGCUAACGCUAGCAAACCUUUGUAAAUAAUUGAUACGUGUGCGCCAAGCUUUAAUAUUAUAAUAACAAUAUGUACGGGUGCGUAACCUACUGUUGUAGCCCUAUGUUACCUAUGUUUUUUGAAAUGAAGUGAUGUAAAACUUGUAAGAAUCUCUUUGUUAAAGUUUUGUAGUAAAACAUUCCAUUGGAAAGUAUUAAUGAACUAAAUUCUAUAAGUAGUCCCAUUCUGUAAGAUAUGAACUUAAUUUUUUUGUUGAGACAAUUUAAAUAACUGAAUUGCUGCGAAACUCUUUAUCUUUAUGAUGUAAUUAGUUAUGAAUAAAUAUAUCAGUAUUUUGGUUCUGUUCGUUUCGAAUAUUUAUUUAUGUUAAAAAUUAUAGUAUUCUUCUAAGUAUUUUGUUUAUAUUAUGUACUUGCCGAUCAACGAAGUUGCAGUACCUCUAUGUAUUAGCUGUAUGUAUAAGUUACAAACUUAAAAUUUCAGUCAAGCGUUUGGUAUUAAAUUCCUGUUUGGAUGAUCAUGAAAUUAUGAUAAGAACGAAUGUUGUAUUGAAAUCACUAAAGUUAGAACUCGGUCUAGCUUUGGACUACAGUUAGUGGCCAUGCUAUAUGCUUGGUGAUACAACUAAAAUAUAAUGAUAGGCUAUGGUUCUACAUAACAUUGGUAGCGGAAUAAGCGAAUACCGUAUUACUUGUAAUCUAAGUAUUGUAACCUUAUUGUAUUUUUGAACAACAUUAUUGUAAUAUACAUUGUGAAAAUUUUAUUAAAGUUGCCUUAAUAGUUGCUAGUCAUUAUUUAAAUAUUGAAUUUAUUGUAUUGUGGUGAAUGUGAAUGUUUAGUUAGUUACUGGAUUGUGUUAUCAAUUAAUUUGCAAUAACGACAGGAGAAAUACAUAGUUUUGUUUUUGAAGCAUUCAUCUUCUUUAACAUUGCCUCAUCAAGUUGUAUUAGAGUUAUUGUCUGAAUAUUGUAGAAAGGUAAAUAAAUAAAUAAAUAAAAGGCGAAAGAGAUACACACUGCCCCUUUGUAUUAUAAAGAUUUAACUAAGCCUUCAGUGUAUAAAGGAGGAAACACUAAAGAUAUAAAAGUAGGAAGUAUUUUUAAGUAAUUAUUGUUCUUUUUCUCAUUUACAUCAAAUUAAUAUAAACAGUAUUUCACGAAUUCUCAGUCAGUGUUGUAAGGUUUUGAUAUAUGUAUUGUCUUUGUGUUUCCUCCUAAACUGUGCUUCAGGAUGAACGCUGCAUUUGCUCACACAUUUUGUAAAAAAAUAAAUUUCUGUCAGCAUUGAUAAAUUCAACUAAUAAUUAAAUUGUAUAAAGCACACAGCCGCACAUUACGCUAGGUGGACUCAAAACAUCUACCAAUUUUUCACUUUUGUAUGGAUUUAUAAUAAAAAAAAUGACAAGCUGUGAGUGAAUGUGGGAAAGUUUGGAAAUCUGAGUAAAAACAAGUUUGGGAUUUUAGAUUGAAAACGCUCAUUGACCUAUUAGAUUCACUGAAUAUUGUGAAUUAACUCGGGAACAUCACAAAAUUGUAACUUCGCCUCAAUUGUUCAGUGAGCGUUUUUUCUUUUUGAGUCAAACAAGACGUAAUAAGCAAACAAUGAGAUUUUUGUUGCGUUACAUGUAAGGUAUAUAGAAGUUUAUACAAAGAGUCAUAAAUGUUAGUAGUUAAAUAAAUUAAAAGGACAUGAUAGUUCACUGUUUGUAAAGUAUUCGUAAAGUUAGCUCGCAGCAGCACUGUCAAUUGAAGGCACCUGUAUUGUAUGUGUAGAUAUGUGGCGUGGUGAGCUGCCCCUAUACUGUACAUUGUCUAGACUUAGCUUGUUUAAAUAUUACUAUAGAGUUUAUUAUUUUUAACGUUGAAGAGAACUUUAUUUUUUGCUUAUUUUCACAGUAUUUAUUUUAUAAGAUGUCUAUCACGUAAUUUAUUUAGCUAACGUAAAAUAUUUGUAAUUAUGUCAGAAUGAUAAAGAUAUUUUUUAUUUGUUAUUUUAUUUUUAUCAUGUAUUUUGUUUUGUUAUUGUAAAUUCGAAUAAAAUUACAUUUUUAUAACAGCU